UCCAUCCUCAACACGCUCAUACGCUGAAAAAUUGAAAAUGGCUCAAUUUAUUCUUCUUUUCUUGAUCUUAGCAGAUGCUUUUGUUUUUCUAAGCAUGGCUAGUGAAAGGGCUCAGGCCAUGGUCCAGACCAAUGCAGCACCAUCCUCAAACACACCUGCUUCUAGUCCAUCUAACAAGGGUGGAGAUUCGUACAAUGCAGAAGCGCCCAUGAUUAGAAAACUGGGGAAACACCAACCUGAAGUGGCUAAGUCAUACACUGCACCUGGCCUCAGCCCAUCAGAGAAAAUGCAGUCUUUAGAAGCAGCAAGUUCUUCGAUCCAAACAGCUCCAAUUGGGACAAAAAGUGAAGAGAAUGGGAGUGUCCAGAGGCAGGAAAUCCUCCUGAGAAAGCACUCACAGCAUCAUUCUGUGGAUAAGUCAGUUGCUGGAGGGGGUGUAAUCCUCGGGGGCUUAGCCACGACUUUCUUGGUGGCAGUUUUUUGUUACAUAAGAGCUACUGGAAGACACAAGACAGAGACUGUCGCUUGAG